AAUUCUCGCAUGUCUGUGUGUACCUCCGAGAAAAGAGCUACUAAUCUCUUCAGCCAUUACAAACGAACUUUCCCUAUCGUUCAAGCACUGCGCUGCCAUCUAUCGGCAUUAGGAUGACAAAGAACCCGUGGAAGACGUUGCCAGGGUAGCAGAAUACAAACAGGGUUCUUAGUUCCAAAUUGAUACGAAAGAAUCGUUUCAAGAUACACGUGCUUUACAUCUUAAGAACAGCUAAAUAGGUAGCGGAUCUACUUCCUCUCACAAGACGAGUAAGUGUUCUACAGAGCGAAAGAAAAUGCAGGCAGGCCCUUCAACUGAAUCCCAGUUGGUCUCAGUGGCGGAGAGCGAUGAGGAGGACUCUGGGAGCAGGAACCCCUUCAGGCUGCCAGCCGACAGCAACAUCUUCGUUCUCAAGAAGCAGGAACGAGAGCGCAAGAAGCUGGAACAGCAGAAGAAGCUGAAGAUGAAGGUUCAUGAGAGGGGCCUCUACGUGACGCGGAGGAAGGCCAAGCAGGCGGAGCUGUGGUGUGAGCUGAGGGCGGGCCGGGAGGAGGAUGCGGCCAAUGAGAAGGCCAUGGAGCUCAGAGACAACUCCGCCUGGAAGGUGGCAAUGAUCAAAGAUCGCAACAUUGAGAAAGAGAGCAUCAAUGAGUUUGUCAGCAAGAAACGGGAGAUGUUUCUCUUGGAGUACGCCCUGGCCGUGAAGCGAGAGGAAAUGGGUCAGCUGGAGGAAGCAGCCACUGUGGAGGAGAAGAAACUGGCGCGGGCUGCCAAGCUCCUGGAGAAGGACUCCAUCAUGUUCGACGAGUUCCUCAAGGAGAGCGACAAGAGCUCAGUGGAGGCCAUAAAAAUUGCUGAGCAAGAGUCCAAAAUCAAACAGGAGAAGGUUUCAGAAAUCAAGAGGAUUACAGCCAAAAUGGUGGCCAUUAAAAGCGACAUUUCCAAAUACGAGGACACCCUGAAGGAGUACUCCAUGUACAAGGACUUUCUGUUCAAGCUGUCGCCGCCUGAGUGGCAGCAGGAGCAGCUGGCUCGGAGAAAGACCAUGCAGAAGGCCCUUCCCACCAUCGCAGAGAAGGACAAGAGCAAGAACACGGGGCAGCAAGAGAAACGGGCAGAGUCCCGGGCCUCCACUACCAAGAAGGAGCUGCCAGCCCUCAGAAGGGCAUCCAGGCACAGCAUCAGCUUUAAACCAGCGGCCCAAACAGGCAGCCAACCAGGCAAACAAAGUCCUAAACCGAGUAUGGAACCGAAGACCGAGGAUGUCAGUUUGUCCGAUUAUGAGGAGGAACCAGCGAUGUUCUUCACAGACCCCCAGCAGCUGUUGGACCUGCUGACAGACCUGGAGGAGCAGAACCUGUCCCUGAUCCAGAACUCUCGCGAGACCGAGGAGUCUCUGGAGGAGCUGCGGCUGGUCCUGGACCAAACGCGCAAGAGAAUGGAGAAGGAGACGGAGCAGCUGGUGCAGCAGAUCGACAGCAUGACCCACAACAUCCAGCAGGAGCACGAGCGCGCCAGCCAGCUGGAGAUCAAGGCCCGGCUCUUCUCCUACGGAAAGUACAAGGAGGACGACCAGAACAGCAUGCUGGACUCCCUGGGGCACAAGGUGGAGGAGGUGUACCGUAGCUGCAUUGGGGACAGCGAGGGGAACCUCAGCACGCUGCAGAUGCUGACGGCCAUCGAGGGCCGGCUGGGGGAGGUGCUGGAGAACGUGGACGCCAUCCCGCACGAGCGUGUGCUGAUGGCCGAGAAGGCCAAGGAGAAGGAGCGCCGCGUCAGACUGAGGGAGGAGAAGAUAAAUCAGCAGAAGAAGCACCAGGAGGAGAGGCUGCGGAAGGCCCUGGAGAGAGCGCAGGCAGACAUCUCCAAAACUAAAGGGAAGAAGUUGAUGACUCGCUCUCAGCCCCCUGAGCGCAAAAAGAAGGAAGCCCCAAGCACUGACAUGGCAGACCAAGAUAGAGAGGAGCAUCUCUACUUCUUUACUUAGUGCCAAAUCAUCUUCCCAUCAGGCUGUGCGCCACCCCUCCAGGGGCACACUUCCCCUUUCUGCCUCCCCUUCCGCACAAGCAAUUCUGUCUGCUGUCUGUAGCACCCCACCCCAGUCCUCGAUAUAAUCAUCUCGACUAUCAAGAACCGGAGACCAAACCGGUUCCAUGGAUUCCUAUGGGAGCUGCUCAAUGGUGCAUGAAGCCAGUUCAUGGAGGCUGCAUUUUUUUGGCACUGGGUACAAAAACAUAAAAUAA